AGUCUUUUGGUGUAAAGAUGGUUGCAAUGUCUUUGUAACUGUAAGGCAGAACGUGAGGGAGUCUUCCUUGGAUACAGGAUCAGAUUCAUUGCUAGGAAUAAUCGACUAGCGAAGUAAAGCAGUGCUGCCCAAUAUCAUCUCCUCUAGUCCAUGUUUAUUGGAAUAUUGUUUGGUAUUGAGUUGUUUCACCCCUACCCGUUUAUAUAUUAAGAGUUAAAUAUCGCAACUCUGUGAAUGCUCUUCAAAGUAGAUCUCAUUAUACGAUGUUUAUUCAGCCUCGAGUAUUGCUAUCAUGGUGUUGGAUAUUUUCCGUGUGUGUUUGUCAGACGGAAGGGAAAACAAAGCCGGAUCUGCAUCAACACAUGACACAGAGAGAGUUACAAAAAUUCUUCGGGGUUAACUCGCAUCAAGAAGUUCCAGAUUACGAUAUAGCCCAUUCUUACUCGGUUGAUAGUCCAAGGGCCAAGCGGAGCUCAGAAUCGUCUAGAUUAUACAAACUGAAGGCAUUUGGUUCAUCAAUGGACUUGAACUUGGAACUGGAUCCAAGUGUCAAAUCCCCACAUUUUGUCGUUCAUUCGUAUGAAGAAGAUGGAUCGCGAGUUGACUCCACCAUUGAUGAUGUCAAGCUCUAUACUGGUCACGUGGAAGGACAUCCGGGAUCUAGAGUUGCUCUAAAGGAAAACAAUGGAUUGAGUGGACUCAUUAGCCUUAAUGAUAAAGCAUUCUUUGUUACUCCAUUAACUGAACGUCUCGCAAGGGCUUAUGGUUACAAUGGUGAUGGACAGCCUCACCUGGUAUACAGACAACCCAAAGACAAAGCUAUCACUGAUUUUCAAGACUUGUUGAACGACGAACAUUCCCAGAGCUCCGAGGCGGGAUUCAAAGUUUUAGAAAUGACCCUGGUGGCUGAUGAGUUUCUCAUCAAUGUCUACGAGAAAGAGACAGCAGAACAUCUGCUGAUGAUAGCACACAUUGCCCGUAGUUUGUAUCUCGAUCACACUAUUGGACCAAUCAAGAUCAAUAUUGUUGUUGUUGGGGUUGUUUUGAAGAAAGAUGGGCUCGGUUAUGACAGCAGCGCUUCAUCACUGACCAGACUAGGUGCAUUAGGUGAUUGGUGCCAAAAGAAUCUUCCUACUCUUGACACGGACCCAGGUCACCCCGAUACCGUGGUCCUGAUUUCUAAAAACAUUGCUGGUCGUGCCUUAUCCUCUUCAACGUGUUUUUAUACCUUUGGGAAAGCUGCUGUUGGUGAUAUUGGUCCUGCUACUGGAGCCAUUGUGGCCCAUGAAACAGCUCAUACGUUUGGAGUCUUACAUGACGGUGAAAUGCAAAAUCCUUUGUGUCCUGGCCAUAAGUACAUCAUGUCGUAUGCAAGUGCGUCUGGUCCAGACGCUUACAAAUGGUCCGUGUGCAGCAAGGAAAAAAUACAGGCUUUCCUAAGGAGUUCAGACUCGAGUUGUCUCGAUGAUGAGCCAGAUAGGUCCGUGGAAUCACAUUAUGCAGUAAAGUAUAUCAACAAGCUGCCAGGGGAUGCACUAGACAGAGAUAUACAGUGUAAAAUGAUGUUUAACACAAGAUACUUCGCUUGUCCUAUGAAAUCAAAUGAAUGUUCUUCCUUGUGGUGUUCCCAUUCUAAAAGUGGUCCCUAUUGCGAGCACAUGAGGAUUCCUCCUGUUGAUGGGACAGCAUGCGGUCCACGACACUGGUGUAUCAAGGGAAUAUGUGAAGAUAACGGUUCACCAAUAAUCGAUGGGAUGUGGUCUGGAUGGUCAGCUACUUACACACGUUGUUCUAAAGAAUGUGGUAUUGGGUUACAAUGGAGAACUAGGACAUGUACUAACCCAAGUCCAAAAAAUGGCGGGAAAGAUUGUCCAGGGUCAGCCGAAGGAAGAUGGAAACUCUGCAACACGCAGGACUGUCCCCAGGGCACGAUGGAUUAUAGACUAGAGCAGUGUAAAGCCAUCGAUCCUAAGUUUGAUGGAGUACAUUACUAUGACAAGGAGCCUUGCAUUUUGAAAUGUAAAAUUGGUCACUAUAUAUGGAACAAGGGAGUCGUUAAAGAUGGAACUCGCUGCUAUAAUGAUCAUACCGACAAAAGUGUGUGUAUCAAGGGACGUUGUAGAGUUGCCGCAUGUGACGAAAGCCUUGACAUAGGUAUCAAGUAUGAUCGAUGUCACGUCUGUGAUGGAGAUAGCUCGUCCUGUGGUAAACUUAUUGGGUUGUUCGACGCUCCUUGUAUAGGCCAUGGUCCUGACCAUGAAUGCACAGUAAUAAGCGUCCCAGUUGGCGCAACAAAUGUAAACGUCGAGAAGAAACUUGCAGAUGGUAAUGCUAUCCUAGCUAUAAGAGAUGGAAAUGGUCAAAUUAUUACACCUCAUUUUCCUUCACCGACGACUGUGGUAGACUUCAAAGGAACCAGAGUGUAUUAUUACUACCAAGAGCCAAGAGACAGAGUGUUCAUCCCAGGCCCUACUACAAUAGCCCUAUCUAUAGUGAAUAUUCCUUUAUACAACAAGCCAAACAGUGGUGUUGAGUACUCAAUGUUCUUAAAGAACAUGACGACGGUCGUGCUGCCAAGUGAUGCAGAAUGGAAAACAGCUGAGUGGAGUUCUUGUACUAGGACUUGUGCUGGAGGAACACAAGUAAGAGCCGUAGAGUGUGUGCGCAAAGACGACAAAUCCCACCUUGGUACCUAUGUUUGUGAAAGUAAUGCCAGGAUGCCAGCGGCAGUUCAAGUGUGCAACCAACAGGCGUGCCCUCAAAGCUGGUACAAAUCUAAUUGGUCGCCUUGCUCCAAAACCUGUGGUAAAGGACUUCAGACCCGUGAGAUCAUUUGCAGACAGGAAAUUUCUAAACAAAAGUACAAGACAUUACCAGACUCUUCGUGUUCUGGGGAGAAACCUACCGGUGACUUACGAAAAGACUGUAACAAAGUAGGAUGUCCACUGGAAUGGGUUCCUACGCCAUGGUCUAAGUGUUCUACGACUUGUGGUGUAGGUGCCAUGACAAGGAAACUGACGUGCAUGCGACGUACCAGCGAAGGAGACGUGAUUCAACUUCAUCAUCUCAUGUGUAAUGACAUUCCUCGCCUUAAAACUCCCACCGUCAAACCCUGUGAACAACUUCCACCUUGCCCCACAGUUUCCCCAACAAUUUCGGUAACACCAUCGAUCUACCAGCCACUUGGUUGCUACAAGGACGAUAAACCAAACGCAAUGCCAAAUCUGGUCAUCAACCUCCGAGACUCAAUCGAUUGGUCAAACCUCAAUAAAACAAUUGACGCAUGCGCAAACUAUGUCCAUAAAUACUACCCUGAGUACAAAGUGUUUGGUGUUCAGUUCUACGGGGAGUGCUGGACAGGACUUGGCGCGGAGAAUACAUACAUGAAGUAUGGUGCAGCGGAAAAUUGUUAUAAAGGAGUUGGCGCCAAGCAUUCAAUUUAUGUUUAUAAGUUGCGAUCUAAAUAAGAUCUUCAACUGGCACAAGAACUACAUCAAAUGGACAGGAUUUUUUCUUUCGAUAAGGACUUUUUAUUAGCACUAGUAAUUAAAUAUAUGUUAAUAAAUAUUCAAUAAUGAUAAUAUAUUAUAGUUACUGUGGUUAAACGUUACCAGAUGUUAACUUUAAUAAAGAAUAUAAAGGAUUCAAUUUACUCUA